AUGGCCCGUGCUGACGAUGACCAACCUCGUUAUUUUGGAUAUACCGGCGAUGGUGUGGCGAAGGAUUUUGAAUUCGGUGCUCAAUUCAUCCAAACGAUGAGAAACAUCAUCGAUUCAAAGAACCCAGAAGUUAUUGGGACACUGUUCCAACCCGAUUUCGUGAUUGUUGGUUGCAACGGCACAUACUCGAAAGAAAAGCUGAUUCAAUACUUGGUUCUGAUCCAUCUCGCGUCCCACCACUCCUACAACCACUGUCAAACUUGUUUUCAACAGAAUGGAACAAAAACUGCAAUCUGCUCGUAUCACAAGCUGCAAAAAGACUCUUGUUGA